GCGAAGUCUCUCAGCCGCAAACAAGUCUACAGCGCCAAAGUCAUGGUAUGUGGUAUACAUAUAGGCGUGAAGGCGCUACAAGAGGUCAUACAUCUCAGCAAAAGCCAUCUCACCGCAAUCUACAAUCCGGCAUGGACACCGCUAUGAAAGAGCUUCACCCGUCCAUAGGUGCUUUCUCUGGAGCAUUUGUAUCAACAAGCGUCACUGACCAAGCUACGCUCAUCGAGCAAUGGGCAAGGCGGGUGGCCUUGUCACAAGAAGCACCUCAGCAAGACUUACUCAUCGCAUCACCAUACCUCAAAGCUCGAUCGAGCACUGCAAGCAGCGCACAUGACAGCGGCUAUGAGCCUCCACUAGAGGACAUCCCUUUCGAGCUGCACCUUGAGGUUUCUCCUGACGUUGACCCGGCACUAUAUUUCCUUCCGCCUCAGAAUAUCCACAAGGGGGAUCUGGAUUUGACUUCUGGUAAUGAUCCCAGAGCAUCCCUUCUGUCGAUGAGCAUCAACGAGCGAGGCUAUAGCGGCGUUGGACACAGGCCCCAGACAGCUCCCGGAAGAAUCUCAGACAUCUUAGCCUCAUCGACGCUCAGCACUAGGGCUAACCUUCGGGGUCGUAUCAAACAUGGCAGUACCCGUAUCAGUGCGUGCAUCACCGACUUCUGCCGGCCGUUAACGGGCUACCAAAACGCCCCGAGCUCAACCUCGAGCCUGUUCCUACGAGAUAUGCUUGACACCUUUCCGGCACCUCCACUACCCAGAAAUCUCGAGCGAGGUACAUCUCUUCCGGCUACUGAGAAGAUCGAGGAAGGAGAGCGGUGCGACCAGCCUCAGCCUGGGGAAACGAGAUUCCCGACAAGGAAAUCGACAAGAUCAUGCAUCAAAGGCAUCUUCAAGAACAUCAAGCAACGACUUUCAAUGAGAGAGGCCUUGGAGCCGGCCAGACAGUGUACGCAUCGAGGCUCAGUGAUGGAACGAGGGUCUGUCAUUGUCACGCCAUAUGAUGUGGUUGAGUGGAGGCAGAAUGGGAGGAGUGUUCGGUACUUGGUGUCUCCGAGGUUGAUGCGGGAUGGAAUGUUGUUGGCUUCGCAGACUUCGUUGACGCAUGGGUAGAAGCCCAUACUCAAGAUUGAAUGAACCAAGUGGAUGGUGAAAGUUCACGUCGUUU